CAUACCCCACCGGAAGAAGAAAACAACAACAAUAUUGCAUAAGACGUAAAAUUGGCAGUGUUAUCCGGCAAUUUAUUGCAGCAAGAUGAAUGAUGAUAAAGAUGAUGAUUUUUUUGGGAAAGGAUUUCCAUUCUUUGGUGGAUUUAGCGACCAUUUUAAAGACAUGAAUAGAGAGAUGGAAGAGAUGAGUCGACAGUUUGAGGAAAUGUUUAGAAAUGCUAGAAUAGAGUUUCAUCCACCUAACAUGGAUGGAAAAUCUCCACCCUUGAAGUUUCCCGGGGAUUUCCCACCAAUGAAUUCCCCACCCCUGAAGUUUCCUGGGGGAGGGGGAGGAGGAGCAGGUACCCCUCCCACAAAUCCCAGGGAUCAGAUGUUGAAAAGUGAUGACAGUGAUGAUAAGACAAACAUGAUGAAAGGCUCACAGGAUCAGUCGCCAGUCCCCCACAGACCUAGAAUAUCUAUGAGAAGAUUAACGCCUGAAGAGAAGGAAAGAUUAUCCUCUCCAUCUUCUACUACAAAUAAUAAACCCAUCAUAUCAGGUGUAAUGAGAAGUGUACAGACAGUACAGCUUAGUGAUGGCAGCACCAAGAAGAUUGAGACAACUGUAGAGAAUGGACAGACGUGUAAAACCGUCAUGAUAACAGACCCUAAAGGUGAAACAACAUCCACAACAUCAUGUGAGAGGCUUAACAUAGAUGGAAUACCACUUGGCAACCUACCCGAGGGAUCAGCUGUUUUCACGAUACCUUUUCCUGAAAUGAACCCAGGUGCACCAAACACAGGUGUGCCCAAUCCAGGUGUGUCAAACCGUGGUAUGCCAGGUGUAAACACUGACUUAACAAAAGAAGAUGCCAGCUUUUUCAGCAAAUUAUUUGGAGGCUUUUGGAGUAAGCCCAAAAGUUAGAAAUAAAAAGAAUUUUUACUGAAGGUGAAAAGUUUACGUUGGCUGAACCCUAAAAUUGAACAUUUUUUAAACCUAAAGUCAAUAUUAGGUUCUCAAGUAACUUUUGACAAGGAGGGUUUUGGUUUUGUUUUGAACUUGUUUUAUAGUCCAGGAAUGUUAUUCUAGUAAAAUUGUCUUUCAUUUUCAGUUUUAUUGAUUAUUAUAUAAUUACUAAGAUUUUUAUAUGUGUAUGUGAAUGUAUGAAGAAUAAAUAUAAUGGGAAUC